AUGAGUUAUUACAAAAUAUUAAACAUUUCUAAUGAUGCAUUCAUUAAAGAAAUCAAAAAAGUAUACAAGAAAGCUGUGUUAAAGUAUCAUCCUGAUAAAAAUAGUGGAAAUUACUAUUUAACUUCAUCUGAACUUUAUGAACUUGAAUACAUUCAUGAAGAUGAAAUUG